AUGUCAGCGAAACUUUUACAUUCAAUCAUUGUUAAUUACACUUUAAAUGAUAAUAAUAUUGAUUCUUUUAUACCUUUUAUACUUGAAACAAUAACCCAUCAUCAAUUAUUAAACACAAAUAAUAAAGCAUCACCACAACAGGAUUCAAAUUCUAUAGAUCAACAACAAAUACCAUUUCAUAAAUGGUGUACACGCAUCGAUUCAUUAUUACAAUCUAAAGUUAGUGGUGCUAGAUGGGCUGGAGUUUGUUUUAUAAAAAUUUCUAUUGAACAAUCGGAAUAUCUAUUUACUCAGAAUUUGCAGACAUGGUCUUCUACUUUGUUAACUUUACUCACGGUUAUAUUAUCUAUAAUGUUUGGAAGAACAACUGAUAAACCUGAACUUCAACGAGAAGUAACUUUACAAUUACUUCCACGCUUUAAUAAUAUUUUAUUACAACUUUCGACGAAUAAAGAACUAUUGCCAACGAUAUUUGAUUCAUUAUCUCAAUCAGGUUCCCAAUUUCCAAAUAUGUUUCGUCCAGUAUUUGAAAAUGUACAAAAAUUAUGUUUGGGAGUUUUAGAUGGGACAUAUGAUUACGAAUCAUGUAUUGUUAAAUCCGCGGUUAAUUGUUUUGCGAGUAUUACGAAUGCCACAACAAAUAAGCCCGAUCAAUGGAAAUCAACUAUGUUAAGGAUAAUUGGAUCAAUAAAUUUGAUAUUAGAUCGAUUGUUUGAUACGAUUGAAGAAGAAGAAAAAGGAGGAGGUGGAGGAGGGAGUAGAGAAAAGGAUUCAGCAUCAAAGAAAUUAUCAUAUUUUGAGUUUCCUCCCGUUACCGACGAUUAUAUCAGUAACUUUCCUAUUUUAUUUUCAAGAUUUCAAUGUUUAUGUGAAUGCAUUGUCUCCUUAAUAAGUUCUCCCACAACUUCUCCUGUUCAAAUUCCAUUGAAUAGAAUUUUUGGUCUUCUUUGUAGAAUAUAUAAUGUUUUUGAUAUUUCUUUAAGUGCAGAAAAUAAAGAUAAAAAUGAAUUCACUACUUUAAUGUUAGGGAUUUCAUCAUUAUACUUUCAUAGUAACAAAGUUCUUUCAAGUCUGAUUAUUAACCAGAAGCCAAAAUAUAAUGUUGAAAAUUUUUCCGAAAAGAGAAGUGGAAAAAAGAAAAGACAACAAAUUACAAAUUCAGAUUUACUUAUUAAUUCAGGAAUCCAAAUUUUUUGUUAUACAAAUGUUGAUGUACAAUUGGCUUCUUUAGAAACAUUAAAAAAUCUUUUAUCAAAUUGCGGUUCUUCAAUACCUGCUAAUGUUCGCAUAAGCAUUGACGAUAUUAUUCUUUCUCGAAUUUUAACUCCAAUAUCAAACCCUCCUACUUCAAAUUUUACUUCUUAUUCUCUAAAGGGAGGUAAAAAAGAUAUUGAGGAUGAUAUUCGAUUAAAGUUAUACGAAUGUUUACUUGCUUCAGUAAUAUCACCUUCAGAAUAUCAACCUACCAUUCUUCCUCAUGCAUUACGAGUAUUUUCCUCUGGUUUAAAUGUACGAUCUCAUAAAUUACAGUCAUUUAGUUCACAUGCUCUAUCAAUUUGUGAUCUCAUAUUUCACAGUCGAUUACCACCACUUAAAAGAUCAGUUUCAAAUUUAGUAUCCUCUCAGCAAUACAACAGUUUUUCAAAUAAACAGGAAGAUACUGUUAAUAUUGACAAAAAUAUUAACGAAAAUAUUCACGAAAAUAUUAAUGAAAAUAUUGACAAAAAUAUUGACGAAAAUAUUGACAAAAAUGUUGUUGAAAAUAUUAACAAAAACAUUGACAAAAAUAUUGACAAAAAUAUUGACAAAAAUAUUGACGAAAAUAUUAACAAAAACAUUGACGAAAAUAUUAACGAAAACAUUGACGAAAAUAUUGACAAAAACAUUGACGAAAAUAUUAACGAAAAUAUUGACGAAAAUUCAAAGAAAAGACCAUUUUCAAUUGAUGCAACGGAUAAAGGAGAUUUAAUUUAUGAAGAUCACAAUCGUGCAUUUAAAUAUUUCAGAAUUAAUGAUGAUAACAUUGAUUCUGAUGAUGACACAGAACUUCCAGAAAUUAUUCCAGAAGGUCCAGAUUCGGAUUAUGAGAGUUCAAUAGAAUAA